UAAGAGUCUGGCAGCUAUAUAAAACCCUCUCAGAGCUCCAGUUAUUGCAGAAGCACACUCAAGAAAUCAGCAUGACCAGCCAGUCUCAAGGAAUCCAGCAGCUUUUGCAGGCAGAAAAACGUGCCAAAGACAAACUGGAAGAAGCCAAAAAAAGAAAGGGAAAGAGACUGAAGCAGGCCAAAGAAGAAGCCAUAGCAGAGAUAGACCGUUAUCGGCUACAGAGGGAGAAGGAAUUCAGGCAUAAGCAAACAAAUGUAAUGGGCUCCCAUGGUAACCUCUCUGCUAAAAUAGAAGAGCAAACAACAGAAACGAUCGGAAACCUCACUAGCAGCUACCACAAGAACAUGGAAAGCAUGAUGAAAAAGCUUUUGAACACGAUAUAUGACAUCAAUCCUGAAAUCCACCCAAACUUCAGAUACGAAGUUUAAGAUCCACUGAUGUGCUGGGGAAGAGUGUUUGUAAAAAGUAGCCCUCUUUCUUGAUGCCACUAAUAUUUCCUCCUUUAUUGUUGUUGCACGUGUGACAGAGAAGAGCACUAAAGCCCAAAGCACGUAGUUCCACACAGAUUUUUGAUGUCACAAAAAUUAUUCAAGCAUUUAUGGGAAUGUAGUUGUUUCCUGUUGAUAGCUAAGGCUGUCAUUUACAUGGGGGUAAGUCAACAACAGCAGAAUAAAUGAUUAUUUGACACCAGCA